AUGGUUUCUGAUUCUAUCUACCGUGGUAACCCGUCGCUUUUCGUUUUGCAGCAACUCCAUCGAAGCUGGCAUCUUGUCGAAAGUUUUGCGGCAAGUUUUUGCGCUUUGAAUUUUAUCGGCGGCGUCCGAUCCGCAUUCUUCUUGGGCCUCUUGGCUGGCGGUCCAGCUGCUAUUUGGUCGUCUUAUUUGAUCACCCUCGUCUUCAUGACUAUCACAGCAUGGGUCCUUGCGGAAAUUUGCUCUGCACUGCCGUUGAGCGGCUCCAUAUACAUUUGGAGUGCAGAAAGUGCGGGUCCUAAAUAUGCGAGGUUCUUCGGUUUCAUCGUUGCUUGGUGGGCUUGCACUGCUUGGAUGACUUUCGUUGCAGGCAAUUGUCAGACAGCUGCAAAUUAUAUUGUUUCCCAGCUGGCAGUCUGGGAAGUGGAUUUUCCUGGGGGAGUCGGCGACGACAACGUUAAAUGGCGAGCAUUGAUUUGGGCAAUCUCCGAAGGGCUGCUUGUCCUUUCCGUCGUGAUCAACUACUUGCCUCCUAGACUCUAUUCCGCUAUUUUCAAGUUUUCGGUCUUUCUCAUGAUGCUCGAUUUCUUCCUUUGCGUCAUCUGGCUCCCCAUUGGAGUAUCGAAGACCUAUGGCUUCCGCUCUGCGAAGGACGUUUUUACACAGACUUAUAACGGAACCGGCGCUCCAGCUGGAUGGAAUUGGAUCCUAUCUUUUCCCGCUGUCAAUUUUGCACUUGAGAAACGCUUAAGUCGUCUUCAGAAUACUAGUAUUGCUAUCGUCGCUGCCUCUCGCUUAGUAUUUGCAGUCGCACGCGAUGGCGUUAUGCCAGGGUCCAAGUGGAUCAGUCAAGUUGACUCCGAAGGGCAACCCAAAAAUGCCGUCACUGUCAUCUACAUAUUCGCUGCCUGCCUUUUGUGCACUAUUCUGCCAAGUCAAGUGGCUUUCUAUUCGCUCGUUUCUGCCGGUGGAGUGCCAACAAUUGCCGCCUACGGCCUAAUCGCGCUUCUGAGACUUACAAUGACACCGGACGACUUCAAGUCGUCAUACUUUUUUCUGGGACGAUUCCGAAGACUUUUCUAUUUUGUGACAGUAUUGUUCAGUGGAUUAAUCGUCGCAGUGAUGCUGUCACCGUUUUUCUUCCCCGUCAACGCGCAAAACUUUAACUUCGCCUGCGUUAUCUUUGGCGCCGUUACUGUGUUUGGAGUUGCCAGCUGGUAUUUCACGCCUGAGGAGAAGUGGCUUCGUCCACAACUAGUCGCCCAGGCGCUGAAAACUUCGGAACAGCCUCCAGUUGCAUAAGGAAUUUUACCCUCUUUCUACGUUUUGAGAUCUUGUUUUUUUUUUGGAAGCACAACUGUUAUCGUUUGCUAUCAGUAUAUGCAAUUACUUUCUAGAGCUA